CAAUUCAAAGCGGUCUAAUCCUCCGUGGUGAAUCAGUGCGUCCUCUUUGCUGGAGCGACGUCUGAGUUGACUGAGAUGAGAACCAAGAUACCGUGAAGUGUUUCUUUCUUUCUUUUUUACCGGCGGAGAUGUCUCUGUCAGCCGCACACAGCUCAGACACGAGCAGCCGGAGGAGAAGGCCGCCUGAACACACUCAAGAUCUUCAAUGGGAGCAUGAUUCCCAGGCUGGUCACAAUCAUGAACAGAUCCAUGACCGAUUGUGUGGAGUUCCACAAACACAUUCAACAGACACUCCGUCUUCACAUCACUCCAUAUGUCCUGCACUGUGCACAACAAAAUGCAUGCCUGCACAUGCAUGUCCAAACCAUCAUACCUGUGAUGAUAGCUGGGAGGAGAUCCAAAGCAAGAGAACCAUCAGAGCGGAGAAUGAAGUCGAAGCCAACAAACUGGUCAACAACUACAGGUUUGGUUUCAGAAAGUGGAAGAGCCAUGUGACGGAGCGUCCAUUUGAAGUCCGAUCAGAGGUUGUGAAAGAGCUCUACUCUGAACUGAAUGUCAUUAAACCAUAUUCAGGUCAUCUCAUCACAUUCGGAAACGUAGCAUAUGUGCUUCUCUUCGGUUGGUGGGUCUCUCUGGCAUAUUUCCUGAUCGGCCUACUUAUGUACAUCACUAUCACGGGUGUACCGUAUGGCAAGCUUUGCUGGAGGUUGUCCUGCUACUUCCUGUGGCCAUUCGGCAAGUCAAUCCACGAGAUUGGAAAUACAUUGAGGAGAUGUUGUGACCAAGCACCAGACUGUGAGUGUAAUUUAGAGGGGACAGCUGAUAACUCGCCAGUUCUGCUGCCUUCACCCACAGAGGUGCCAAUCCCAGAGCUGCCAGGACGACCUCUGCACACGCCCUACUGGCAUCGUUUCUCCACCUAUGUGUGGCUGCUGCUGGGAUAUCCUCCUUUGGUGGUCAUCCACUCCCUGGCCUGCUUCCUCUCCUGGAUCCUGGUCUUCACCAUCCCUGUUUUCAAGAUGAAUGCACGAACACUGGGCGUCAUCCUUCUCUUGGCUCCUGAGGAUGUCUCUGUCUCCACCUGCACACAGAGGAAGCAUCAAGUCUAUGAGACCAGAGCACUGCUGUGCUGCUACCACGCUGCAAACUGGUACUACUAUAAGUACACUGUGGACGGGAUCAAUGUGUUCGCUGUCAACCUCCUCCCACUAGUAAUAGUUGCCAUGGUAAUUGGAUAUAUUGACAGAGAAAACCAGUACGCCAGCUCUGAUGUCAAGUUCGCCAUAGCAAUCUGCUCCAUCAUACCUCUGUCUUAUUAUAUCGGUAUGGGCAUUGCCAGUAUCUCAGCCCAGAGUAACUUUGCAGUGGGUGCAGUGGUGAACGCCACGUUCGGCUCCAUCACAGAGUUGACCUUUUACAUCACAGCACUGAUCAGAGGUCACCGGGCUGCCAACCCGUGUCUGCAGGAGGUUGUUAAAGCAGCAUUGACUGGCACGCUGCUCGGAUGCAUCCUCUUCAUCCCUGGCGUCUGCAUGAUAAUCGGAGGGCUGAAACACAGUGAGCAAAGAUUCAACAGUCGCUCUACUGGAGUGAGCGCUGCGUUGCUUUUCAUCUCUGUUGGAGGUGUGUUUGCUCCCACGCUGUUCUCAAAGGCUUAUGGAAAUCUGGUGUGCGACGCCUGCACCAACUCCACUGGAGGAAACAGCAGCGGGACGUUUGUCUGCCACAACUGCCACUACGAUCUGAACAACGGUACAUUGUUCCGCAACCAUGUUGAGCCACUGGUGUACACAGUGUCUGUGCUCUUGCCAGUUGCCUACCUCAUUGGUCUGAUAUUCACGCUGAAGACGCACUCCCACAUUUAUGACAUCCAUGUUGGAGAAGGACGGGAGACUGGCCACCAUGGAGCAGUGGUCCACUGGUCACGGUGGAGGUCUCUGGUCAUCCUCAUCAUGGCCACUGUGCUCACGUCUGCUUGUGCCGAUCUUGUCACCGAACACAUCCAGCCCAUACUAAACCAGCCCAACAUCUCUCAGUAUUUCAUUGGGGUGACAGUUCUCGCUAUGGUUCCUGAGAUCCCAGAGAUUGUUAAUGGGAUCCAGUUUGCUCUCCAAAACAACAUCAGUCUUAGCUUGGAGGUGGGAAGCUGUAUUGCUGUUCAGGUCUGCAUGCUACAGAUUCCAAUUCUGGUAUUAUUUAAUGCCUUCUACGAUGUGGGAUUUGUGCUGUUAUUUAGUGACAUGCACCUGUGGGCCAGUAUCUUCAGUGUGAUUCUUGUCAACUACAUCUUCAUGGAUGGCAAGUCUGAUUAUUUUCAGGGUACAGCUCUGGUGGUUGUCUACCUUAUUCUGCUGGCUAUGUAUUACUUUGCUCCAUCUCCAGCAGGCUGCUGACUGUCGGACUGAGACUUUUCAGCCCAAGUUACACUUUUGUUUUUAAGCCGGAGGGACUCUAAAUGUGCAAAUUCAUUACCACUCCCUGUUGAUGAGAUUUUAUCCUGACAGUCAUGACUGAAUCCUGAGAUGGGCUUUUUAUUGUUUUAAUUCUCAUGCCGUUUCCUAAAUUAUACAAAUAACAAAACUAAGCAUAUUAAUCUCAGGUAGGUACUUGUUGUACAAUAUUACUACUGUAAAAAUAUAGUUUGUAAGCUAACAUGCAUAACGUGUUCUCAAACUCGUACGUUUUUAUGGUCUUUGUAAACUGUGGUGAAAGAAAACAUUUAUUUUUACAAUACACAUGAGUAUUUUAAUGUAAAGUACCUGCACUAAUGCUAUUGUUGAAAAAGGUACUGUUAUAAUGUAUUUUGUAUAGUUUAACUCCAAAAUGUUGAAUGGUACAUGUCUGUUAGAGAUUAUGUUGAUGUACGUGACAUUAUUUUGGAUAAAACACUGGCACCCUAUAUUUGGAAAGAGUGGCAUGGCUUAGAACAAUAACUAUCUGUCAAUACAACAUUUUGAAAAACUGGCUGCCUGUGUUUUUAUUUUUGGUACAGACAGGAAUUACAAAACAUAAUGUACAUUACAGCCAUAAUUGCUUGUGAGGA